AGGAUAUCAAUGCAAGCCUGAGUAAGAAAAACAUCUCCCACUUAAGCCAUGGCCUAUCAGUUAUACAGAAACACCACUCUGGGGAACAGCCUUCAGGAGAGCCUAGAUGAACUCAUACAGUCUCAACAGAUCACUCCUCAACUCGCCCUUCAGGUUCUUCUUCAAUUUGAUAACGCUAUAAAUUCAGCCUUGGCUCCAAGGGUCAGGAACAGAGUCAAUUUCAGGGGCUCUCUAAAUACGUACAGAUUCUGCGAUAAUGUGUGGACUUUUGUUUUGAAUGAUGUUGAAUUCAGAGAGGUGACAGAGCUUAUUAAAGUGGAUAAAGUGAAAAUUGUAGCCUGUGAUGGUAAAAAUACUGGCUCCAGCACUACAGAAUGAUUAAAGAAACGGGCUUUCUCUUGCCA